AUGCUGCCUUUUAAUCAAGCGAAAAACAAACUCGGCGACAUCAUCGUCCAGUUUGACCGUUUCUCUGUUGCCCUGCAGGGCGUAAAACGGACAUAUAGUGAGGAGCAGCUCGGGCAGCUAAUCUCGGGCAUCCACGAGUUGGAGCACAAAGCAGGAGAUUGCCUGUCGCUGCUUCGGUCCAACAAGCUGAAGGGAGGGGAGCUCAGAGUGCUUAACAUGCGAGCCGACGAGCUCCUGCAGGAACGAGUCAAGCCCGCCGUGAGACACAUAUUGGCCGGCAGCCUGGAUCAGGUCCUGCGGGACAACAUGCUCGCCAUCUUUAGGGGUAAGCUGCCAGAGAAUCAGUGGCAGUGCACAACCGUGGAGCUUCAGCGCCGUGUCAAGUUGUGUGAGGAGCUGCGAGACUCCCCUUCAACGGUGAUUGCUUGGUCGGCUACUUUUCCCGUGGAAGAAUGGCCGAAAAUGGACUCGGCGAUCUUCUUCGCACUUCUCGAGCGUGUUGAAAGAGAGGUCUUUGUCAAAAGGCUAUCGGAUCAAAUCUGCGUCAUACUGACUGAUCUAGGCCAAGAAGCUCCUCUCAACGAAAGCCAACAUUUUAUAAGCUUUUUCAUGUUUCGCGGCCACCAAGGCGGCAACUGCCUACCCCGGUUUACCGACGGACGUGCCGUGGCCACCUGGAAGGCCCUCGCUGCGCUGGAGCACCUCGCGAGGCACGACGGCAGCCAUGACUAA